UUGAUUUUAACGGGGAGUAGCCUACCCCGGGGUCGCUUUACAACCUAUGGAUGUACAGGACGCCUUUCAGUUGGUUCGGGCUUUGGGUGCGGAUGCAGCGGGCCGCCUCCUCUCGGCUGACGCGUUUCUCUUUAAUAUUUUAACCGAACACGAGACACUUCGUCGUUUUGGAGACGACCCUGUCCGCCGCAGGACGACCUAUAGGUUCAUUAGUGUGGAUCUUUGGUGGGAGGCGUCACUCUUUUUUUUCCAAUUUAAAGACAGCAACAGGCACGACUUGACACCCGGGGAAGGACUCCGGUCAUCCUGAAGCGAAGGGUCACUGAGCUCAGACACCCUCCUUCCAUCGACUCCCAAUCACAGACCCAUCGGGGAGAGACCCACGGACGCAUCUCCACCGCGACACACACACACACAAAGACACACACACACACGGGGCCUUUCGAGCAGGAUGAGGGAUCCCUGGAGGGGCCUGCUGGCCCUGUGCCUCCUGGUUGUCUCCGUUUCCGCCCACGGUCCCACCAACCCCUUCGCGGGGCAGCAGACCCCGCCGGACCCCUGCUACGACGACACGGGCGCCGCCCGCCGCUGCAUCCCCGACUUCAUCAACGCGGCCUUCGGCAAGGAGGUGGGGGUCUCCAGCGUCUGCGGCCGCCCCCCGUCGCGCUCCUGCAGCGUGGUGGAGCGGGGCGACGACCGGCCCUCGGUGCGCGCGUGCCAGAUCUGCGACGCGGCGGACCCUCGGCGCGCCCACCCCGCCUCCUACCUCACUGACCACAACACGGCGCACAACCUCACCUGCUGGCAGUCGGAGAACCUGAACAGCUCGCCGCACAACGUGAGCCUCACCCUUUCGCUGGGCAAGAAGUUUGAGAUCACCUACGUCAGCCUGCAGUUCUGCUCCCCGCGGCCCGAGUCGCUGGCCAUCCACAAGAGCAUGGACUACGGCAAGACGUGGGUGCCCUACCAGUUCUACUCCUCGCAGUGCCGGCGCGUGUACAACCGGCCCAACAAAGCGGCCAUCACCAAGCAGAACGAGCAGGAGGCUCUCUGCGCCGACGGCCACACGGACCCUUACCCGCCGUCCGGAGGCCUCAUCGCCUUCAGCACCCUGGACGGACGCCCCUCGGGCAAAGACUUCGACAACAGCCCCGUCCUCCAGGACUGGGUGACGGUCACGGACAUCCGCGUGGUCUUCAGCCGGCCGCAGCUGCCCCGGGAGCUGGGGCUCCGGGCCAACGGCGGAGGGAGGGACGACGACGGCCACGCGGCGGCGGCGGGUUCGGCGGCGGCGGCGGCGGCGACGACCGCGCUGCCGACUUACUUCUACGCGGUGGGGGACUUCCAGGUGGGCGGGAGGUGCAAGUGCAACGGACACGGCUCGCGCUGUCUGAAGGACAAAGAGGGCAAACUGGUGUGCGACUGCAAGCACAACACGGAGGGACCCGAGUGCGACCGCUGCAAGCCGUUCCACUACGACCGGCCGUGGCAGAGGGCCAACGCCCGCGAGGCCAACGAGUGUCUGCCGUGCAACUGCAACCUCCACGCCCGGCGCUGUCGGUUCAACAUGGAGCUGUACAAACUGUCGGGGAGGAAGAGCGGCGGCGUCUGCAUGAACUGCCGCCACAACACGGCCGGCCGCCACUGCCACUACUGCAAGGAGGGCUUCUACAGAGACCUGGCCCGACCCAUCAGCCACCGGCGGGCCUGCAAGGCCUGUGACUGCCACCCUGUGGGCGCAGCCGGCAAGACGUGCAACCAGACCACAGGCCAGUGCCCCUGCAAGGACGGCGUCACCGGCAUCACCUGCAACCGCUGCGCCAAGGGCUACCAGCAGAGCCGCUCGCCCGUGGCGCCCUGCAUCAAGAUCCCAGUGGUCAACCCCACAGUCGUGGUGAGCAGCACGGAGGAACCAGCAGAUUGUGAGUCCUAUUGUAAACCAGUGAAGGGCAACCUGAAGAUCAACAUGAAAAAAUACUGCAAAAAGGAUUACGCGGUGCAAGUGAACGUGCUGGACAUGGAGACGGUCGGGGACUGGGCGAAGUUCUCCGUGAAUCUGGUGUCGGUGUACAAGAGCCGCGGCGAGCCCUUGAAGCGGGGAGACAACGUCCUGUGGGUCCACAUGAAGGACCUGGCCUGCAAGUGUCCCAAGAUCCAGAUGAGCAAGCGAUUCCUGGUGAUGGGCGGCAGCGACGGCGGGACGGGCCCGGCAGCAGGGCCCGGGGUCGGUCCCGGGGGCGGAGCCGGCGGUCCCGGGGCGGAGCACGUCGGCCUGAUGGCCGAUAAGAACAGCCUGGUGAUCCAGUGGAGGGACGUUUGGACGAGGCGCCUGAGGAAGUUCCAGCGCAAAGAGAAGAAGGGGAAGUGCAGCAAAGCGUGAUGGGACAGCUGUCCCUCCGUUGGCCACCGUCAUGAACCCUUACCCCCCCCCGCCCCCGCGAUCCCCCCUCUCCCUCCACGUCCUCCCCCAUCACGGGGAACACUGCACAUUAGAAGGACUGCAUGUACCCUACCUGUUUCACGGACCACGUGUUGUGCAUAAUUGUAUAAUUAUUUUUCCUUUUGUUAUGUCGGUUGUCUUUUUUUUUUUUUUCUUGGUCCAUUUGGUUUGCCUUAAAAAGGGACCAUUAAAAAGGGUGUGAAGUGUAGAAGAAGAAAAAAAGAAACCAGACGCCAUUCCCUCCCUCAACGACGACAGCGGAGAAGUCCACUCGCCCCCUGACUGCGACCCCCUCGGCCUCCUCUUACCCUCAGCGCUGUCUCCUGCCCUGACGUGGAAGAAAACACCACGCUUCUGCGGGGGGGCCUCAUUCUGCAGCGUUUGUCACUGGCGGGUUUCAGUGUCCUGCUCACGUUGCACUGUUGAAACUCCUCGGAUGCUGAAACCUUAUGGCCUAUUGGCCGUUGGGGUCCCUGCAGCAACUUCUGAGGACAGAAACUCUUGUCGGGCUCCCUUCGCAGGGAGCAUUUCCCACCAGAGAACCUCCCCCAGAAGGCCCGUACAGAAUAAAACUGCUUGUGGGGGCCGUUCAUAUCUGGAGGUACUGGAAGCCGCUUGCUCCCAGGAGAGUUGCUCUUCUUUGUCGCGGUCUCAUCCAUCCACAUCCCGGGCCCCUUUUUGUUUUCAUUUUCAGCAGAAAAAAAAAAAAACCCUGUUAGCAUGCGUGAGUCACAUUCCAGCCCCCCCCCCCCCCCCCCUCCGGGACUGCGCCUCCUCACCACUAGUCCCGCCCCUGAGCCGUUUGUCAAGUCGCGCAACGCCGCCGUGACUCAUGGCUUGUCCCUCUUUCUGGAAGGAAAGAUAUAAGCGUUGUGGACACAUUUCAGAACAAUAGCAGUAUGUCCAAGGAGACCUUUUGCUCUGUGGAUUAAUGUCUCCCCCCCCCGGGGGCCGCUGCCUUCCAGAUGUUUGCGUGUGGCCGCUGUCAUUUGCGUGUAUUUAAAUGUCUGAACAUUUGUCCCGACGCGACGAAAUGAGAGUUCCUUUCCAUGCAGUAAAAUGAAAGUUGGGUAAACAACAUAAUCGUGUUUUUCUCUUGACAAAAUGAAUGAGGCUGGAAAGGUUUUUUUUUUUUUUUUUUUUUUUUUUUUUUCAAGCGCUCACUGAUUGUAUUUCGCCACGAGAGGAUCCUGUUUCGUUUCCUCCUGGGCUUUGUUGUGUUUGCAUGUUUGUGGUUUUUGCUGGUCCAUCAAAACCUUACGGUGAGCAACGAGAGCUGAACUAAAAUGAACAUGUUAGAUCCACGUCCCCCCCCCCCCCCCCCCCUCUUUCCUACCCGGACACAGUCCCUGUCAUCCUCUGCCAAACAACCAGAGUGCGUUUUUGAAUUCAAUUAAGAGACCAUGAAAAUCGGGACCAACAAAAACCACAGAGAGAGACGUCUGGUUGCUCUCAAGCUGUUUUUUUAUCUGCCUCUUUUGCUGUUAUUUGAUUUUUUUUAAGGCACAUUACCAUUUAUUUCAAUGGCGUAACGCGAUAAACACACAGAUUUGAGGGGCACGACAAGCUAGCCUAGCGUGUUUUUGGUUUGUCAUCCUUCCCAGAGUGUCUCUCCUCCCCCAAAACUCCCCCCCCCCCCCCCCAUGACCCUAUUUUUUUUGCACGUCGCGCAUCCAGCGUCUUGUGACGAGUGACAGUAGUUUCAGUUGUUGUUGUUUUCCGCGUCUUCCCACAACGUUGUGUCAAACUGUGAAGAACAACACUCUUGGUGUCCGGUCUGAUUGUAAAAAAAAAUCGCCAAGCUUUUAUGAAUGUGGACGACCGAUCGACGCCGUCACAAACUCUCUAAAGGAGAAAAAACACAACCCAAAAAUGAGAUGUCCCGCGUAGGACGUGCCCACCCCUGUUGGGAUGAAGGAGCGAGGUGCCCACCCUGUUGGGAUGAAGGAGAGAGGUGGCCAGAUGUUGGGAUGAAGGAGAGAGGUGGCCAGAUGUUGGGAUGAAGGAGCGAGGUGGCCAGAUGUUGUUGGAAGCGUGAUCCUGUGAAAGCUGUUUAGUGAGCCUCACAGGGAGGCCCGUCCUGUUGUUUUACUUUAACAGGCCCAGCAGCAACGGCUUUGCUUUCUUUCCCCCUCCCCUUCACAUCAUUUAUGGCCUUCACAGGUGUGUGUGUGUGUGUAUGUGUAUGUGUGUCUGUGUGUGUGUGUGUGUGUGUGUCAAAUAACCCGUGUACCCGUGUGUGAUGCGCACUUGAACCGAAGGUGCGGCGAGGUAAGGGAGCUCUCAUUUCAAGAAGAACCUUUCGGGGGGGGGG